GAAAGGAUGAGGAACAGCUUUUAGUAGAUUUUUCUUACUUUUCCCAAAACAAGGUGCUCUUGUAAGCUGUUAAGACUGUUUUUGGAUAAAAAGGGAGAAAGUAAAAAAUACAGACAGAAAAAUGCCUUUUGGAUUAGCAAGCUUCAAAGAGCAGGUGUUCAAACCUGGGAAGGAGGAGGUGAAGAAUACGGUAGGGGACUCUCUAGGAAAACUGCAAAGGAAAAUAGAUGGUACUAAUGUGGAGGAUGAAGACAUUGAAUUGAGAGAGGAUGGUCGUCCUGUGGCAUCGACACCACGUCCUGCCCCCUUGCUGGACUGCAGCUGUGGUGGCCUGCCUAAGCGCUACAUCAUCGCCAUUCUCAGUGGCCUGGGCUUCUGCAUCUCUUUUGGCAUUCGAUGCAAUCUUGGUGUGGCCAUUGUGGAGAUGGUGAACAACAACACGGUCUAUAUAAAUGGGACUCCAGUGCUUCAGAAAGCUCAGUUUAACUGGGACCCAGAGACAGUGGGGUUGAUCCAUGGCUCUUUCUUCUGGGGCUACAUCGUCACUCAGAUACCCGGAGGAUUCAUCUCCAACAAGCUGUUUGCCAACAGGGUGUUUGGAGCUGCCAUUUUCCUGACAUCAGUGUUGAAUAUGUUCAUCCCAUCAGCUGCAAGGGUGCACUACGGCUGCGUCAUGUUUGUUCGCAUCCUACAGGGCUUAGUAGAGGGUGUCACCUACCCAGCUUGUCAUGGGAUGUGGUCCAAAUGGGCGCCGCCUCUCGAGCGAAGUCGACUUGCCACUACAUCAUUCUGUGGAUCCUACGCAGGAGCAGUGAUCGCCAUGCCUUUAGCUGGUGUGCUCGUUCAGUACGUUGGUUGGUCAUCGGUUUUCUACAUUUAUGGGGUUUUUGGGAUCAUGUGGUACAUAAUGUGGCUCCUGCUGGCUUAUGGAAGUCCUGCUGAACAUCCUACUAUCACAGAUGAAGAAAGGACAUACAUCGAGUCUGCCAUUGGUGAAACAGUUCACCAGCUAAGUUUGGCUGAGAAAUUCAAGACUCCAUGGCGACGGUUCUUUACCUCCAUGCCUGUCUACGCCAUCAUUGUGGCAAACUUCUGCCGCAGCUGGACCUUCUACCUGCUUCUCAUCAGCCAACCUGCAUAUUUUGAAGAAGUGUUUGGCUUCCCCAUCAGCAAGGUGGGAUUCCUAUCAGCUGUCCCCCACAUGGUGAUGACGAUUGUUGUACCUAUUGGAGGACAGCUGGCCGACUUCCUUCGCAGUAACAAAAUCAUGUCUACUACAAAUGUGAGGAAACUCAUGAACUGUGGAGGGUUUGGUAUGGAGGCUACUCUGCUGUUGGUGGUGGGAUUUUCUCAUACCCGAGGGGUUGCCAUUUCCUUCCUUGUAUUGGCUGUGGGCUUCAGUGGAUUUGCCAUUUCAGGUUUUAAUGUCAAUCAUCUGGAUAUUGCUCCCUGCUACGCCAGCAUCCUGAUGGGCAUUUCAAACGGAGUGGGAACACUGUCUGGAAUGGUGUGUCCCUUAAUUGUUGGAGCUUUGACUAAACACAAGACUCGCCUGGAGUGGCAGCAUGUCUUUAUUAUUGCCUCCAUGGUGCAUUACUCUGGGGUCAUCUUCUACGCAAUCUUUGCUUCGGGAGAGGAGCAGGAAUGGGCCACCCCUGAGAGCUUGAGCGAGGAUAAAUGCGGCAUUAUCGAUGAGGACGAGCUGGCUGAAGAGUCGGAGCUCAACAACGAGAAUGCAUUGGCUCCCAAAAAGACUUAUGGAACAACAGACAAUUCAUCCGGUAAAAAACAGGGUUGGAAAAAGAAGAGAGGGGUGACUAUGCAAGAAGAGGAGGAACAUUAUGGGAAUGGAGACUACCAGGACGGGUACCAGUGAGACAGCAUACGGGACAUAUAGGACUUCAUGGUAAAACAAAAGAAAAGCAAGAGGAACUACAGCAUUAAAAUAAGUAACUUAAGACAGCUUAUUAUUUUUUUUUAUUUUUUUUAUUUUUGAUCAAUACAUCUUUAAAUCAUGAUGUACAAUGAUGUCCACUGAAAACAUUUAGAUUUUAAUUGUUUAAAUUAAACAUAAUUUUUAGUAGAUCCCGUUGAAAGAGAUUAAAUGAUCAGAAAAACAUCACUAAACAAUAAAGUAAAUUUAUGCUGACAUGUACUUUAUGCUUAGAACACUUGAACCCACUGAUCAACAUUCAACCAGCACCAUGUUAAAAAACAAGAAUAAAACAUAUCAACUUCCUGCAACAUGUGCUGAUUGUUGCUUACCUUGACCCAUGUGAACAGUUUCUAAAAUGUUUUGUGUCUGCUAUGCAACGUGAAAAGAGACGUACUACUGGAAUGUAUUGAAAGGUCUUACCGCAGGCCGCAGUGUUAAUGUAGUGAGUCUUUUUUGCUUUUGUUGCUCGUAACGUAUGUAUUUGCUGUUGCUGAAUGAUUGCACUCUGUCACUGCUUUGCUUGCUGUCCAUGUCUGAACAGGUCUUAGUUCAUCAUCUGUUUGUGGUG